AUGUACUCAGUGAAUGAUUUGAAUUUGCGUUCGGUCCUCAGCUCUGAAACUUUUUGGAUAUUUUCAGGUGAGGGAUUGAGAGUUUUGAAGGAGUGCCUCGUGGAGGUCUGUUUUCCUUCUUUGGCCGAGGAAGCUCUAGGGCUUUUUUCGGUUGAUCAAGAGGGAGGAGGACACACUUUGAAAGAGAUUCAACAGGAAUUUUUGUUUGGUAGAAUCAGAAUGGGCGUAUUCUCGGGUUUGAUCUCGAGGAAAGUUGUGCCUGCUUGUGGUAGAAUUUGCAUUCUUUGCCCUGCGUUGCGUCCUAGGUCUAAACAGGCUAUCAACAGAUACAAGUAUCUCAUUUCUGAUAUCUUCCCUGCUCGUCAUCAGGUGGAAGGCCCUAAUGACCGGAAGAUAGGAAAACUAUGUGAGUACGCUGCAAAGAACGCUGUACACAUGCCAGAGAUAUCGUAUUUGCUCGAACAAAGAUGUUACAAGGAAUUGAGGAAUGAGAAAUUUCAGUCGGCUAAGAUUGUCAUGUGCAUAUACAGAAGGCUUCUGGUCACUUGUAAGGAGCAAAUGCCACUUUUCUCUAGUGUUUUUUUAAGGACCGUGCAAGCUCUUUUGGAUCAAACUCGACAUGUUGAAAUGCAAAUAGUUGGAUGUCAGUCUCUUUUCGAAUUUGUAAAUAAUCAGAAGAACGGCAGUUCCAUGUUUAACUUAGAAGGUUUUCUCCCAAAGCUGUGCCAAUUAGCACUGGAAGUUGGGGAUGAUGACAGGUCCCGGAGCCUGCGUGCAGCAGGACUUCAAACCCUUUCAGCAAUGAUUUGGCUGAUGGGUGAAUACUCUCAUAUUCCCAGCGACUUUGACAAUGUUGUCUCAGGAGUCUUAGAAAAUUAUGGUCACCCCAAAAAUUUAACCAAUGCUAAUGAUAGUGGCAGAAAAUGGGUGGAUGAAGUCUUGAAAAAUGAAGGUCACCUAGCUCAUGCAGAUUCCCUCAUAAAUGGUCCUUGGAGAACGGUUGUGAAUGACAAGGCUGAACUGAAUGUGAAAAUGGAGGAUUCUUUGGACCCUAGCUUUUGGUCCAAGGUUUGCCUACACAACAUGGCCAAGCUAGGUGAAGAUGCCACAACCAUGAGACGGAUACUCGAGUCUUUGUUCCGUUACUUUGACGAGGGACAUCUAUGGUCAACCGAAAAUUCUAUUGCAUUCCCAGUUUUAAGGGAUCUGCAGUUUCUAAUGGAAAUAUCUGGACAACGAACACACUUUCUACUGUCCAUGUUAAUUAAACACCUUGAUCAUAAAAAUGUGCUUAAACAGCCAAGCAUGCAGCUCAACAUUUUAGAGGUUACCUCCUCCCUUGCUGAAAUCGCAAAAAUUGAACACUCAGCAGCAAUAGUCAGCGCAAUUAGUGAUACCAUGAGGCAUUUGAGAAAAUUCAUGUAUUCUUCUCUUCAUGAAGCAAACCUGGGAACUGAAGUGGUAAACUGUAACAGAUUGAUCAGUGUAGCUGUCGAUAAGUGCCUUGUCCAACUGACCAAAAAGGUUGGAGAUGCUGGACCAAUUCUUGAUGCAAUGGCUAUGAUGUUGGAGAAUAUCUCAGCUGUCACAAAUGUAGCAAGAACCACAGUUGCUGCUGUUUUUCGCACUGCUCAGAUUAUAACCUCCAUACCAAACCUCUCAUAUCAAAAUAAGGCUUUUCCCGAGGCCUUAUUCCAUCAGUUACUGCAAGCUAUGGUCCAUCCAGAUCAUAAGACACGGAUUGGCGCCCACCGUAUAUUUUCUGUUGUUCUGGUACCAACCUCAGUCUGCCCCCGUCCCUCUUCAACCACUACUGACCUUAAGAAGGGAAUGGGUCUUCCUCGUUCUCUUUCAAGAACCGCGUCUGUCUUUUCCUCCUCAGCAGCCCUUUUCCAGGAGCUGAGGAAGCACAAUUUUUCGUCAGUUCUAACUUCUUUUCAGGGUGAAAACGAAAUUCUUGAGGAAGAAUCUGGAAUCAAUAAUGGGGAAAUCUUUGACAGAUUAAAAUCUUCAUACAGUCAGGCGUAUAGUAGUUGGAAUCAACCGGUGAACUCGGUAGCGGAUAACACGGUAGUUCGUUUGAACUCUGAGCUGGACGUUGUUUAUAUAAGGCUAAGUAGUCACCAGAUAAGUCUUUUGCUUUCAUCAAUCUGGGCGCAGUCCAUAUCUCCUACAAAUACGCCAGACAACUAUGAGGCGAUUGCUAACACCUACAGUCUUGUAUUGUUGUUCUCUCGUGUCAAGAAUUCAAGUCACGACGCUUUGAUUCGAAGUUUCCAAAUGGCACUUUCUUUGCGAGAUAUUUCUUUAGUGGAAGGAGGACCACUCCCUCCGUCCAGACGAAGGUCACUCUUAACUCUGGCUACAUCAAUGGUUCUUUUUGCCUCGAAAGCAUUCAACCUUUUUUCUCUGACGGAUUUUACAAAAGUAGCACUUCAGGAACCAAGGCUUGAUCCAUUCUUGCACUUGGUUGAAGAUCACAAGUUAAAAGCUGUAAAUCCAGAUCAGCUGCAGACUGUUGCGUAUGGGUGUCAAAAAGAUGAUGCUUCGGCUCUAGAUACACUUUCAAACAUAGCAGUCUCCACUGAGCAUAGCAGAGGAACCCUUGUCUCUGAAAUUGUCAAAAGCUUAGAAAAUAUGUGCAAUUCUGAAGUGGAGAAAAUGCGAGAGCAGCUGCUCACUGAAUUCACGCCGGAUGAUGCAUGUCCACUUGGAGCCCGCGUUUUAGAGGACACUCAGAAACCCUUUCAGGCUGACUUUAGAGAUGCUAAACCCCAAAACCUUGGGGCACUCUUCUCUCACGAGGAUCAAGAAUUUGGAGAUGUCACUGAAACAGUUACAGAUGAUGAUCCUGUAACAGUUGCUGGAACCCCAGACCUCCUGACUGUGAAUCAAAUUCUAGAAUCUGUCGUAGAGGCGAUACGUCAAAUGGGUCUAAUAUCCUUCCAUACUUCAGCUGAUGCUUCAUACAAAGAAAUGGCUCUUCAUUGUGAGAAUCUGUUAAUGGGAAAACAGCAGAAGAUCUCGAGUCUUUUGAAUCCUCAGCUACGUCAUGAAAGUUCUGUUAACGGCUCUUCAACACAGCAUGAUGAAGAGAUUAAGAUGGCAACUUUUCAUCCUAUGAUCAAUUUUCAAAUCGAGGACGACGUCUCUUUACCGAGGAAGGAUUUUGACAUGAAUUCGCCAAGAACACCACUGGGAACUAUUCAGACACAGUGCUAUUCAGAAUUCCCAACUAACCCACAAGCAUAUAAACUACCAGCCUCAAGCCCUUAUGACAGCUUCCUUAAAGCGGCUGGCUGUUGA